AUGGUACGCGAUUGCCCUGUCGCCUGCGGGAUAUGCAAGCCAAAGCCAAUCGACACGCACAGCUCCUGUGGAGCGUGGGCUGACGAUGGCGCGUGCGAGAGCAACAGCGCGUACAUGCUCCACACCUGCCCCUUGGCUUGCGCUCUGUCGAGGGGUGGUGGCGGUGAGACGCCGCUUCCGCCAGCUGGAGCAGUGAUGGGGGGCGUCGGGGUGAACAACCGUUUCAUCGAGGCGUACGUCGCUGGACGCAAGAAGCUGGAGGAAUUUUGCGAAGAUGAUCCCGAUGCUGACUGCGCCGCAUGGGCAGCGGACAAACAGUGCGAUACCAACCCAGGUUUCAUGCAGCGCAGCUGUGGGCGGAGCUGCCAGGUGUGUACGUACCUGUGCGAGGACCUCGACAAGGAGUGCCCCGCGUGGUUUGCCAGCGGGGAGUGCGACAAGAACCCAAACGGUAUGCGCACGUCGUGCCCACGGCAUUGCGGCAUCUGCCAGGGGCAGGGCAAGGGGGCGAGGAGAGCCGCCCACCGGCCUGCUCAUGCAGGCCCUGCGCCGCCAGUACAGUCCCCCCGCGCGGGUGCCGCGAUGACCUCGGACGCGCCGCCGAGUCACGAAGCGGCGCGUGUCCGUGUGCUGAUGCGUGAAGCUAUGGAAGCGGCCGGAGAAUCCAUGGACGAGGCAGACGAGGAGGAACCGCAACCGGAAGCGGUCGAGGCUGUUGAAGCUGCGCUGGGUGCUCAUGAGUUCACGGAGGCCGUAGAGGUGGAGAGCGGCACGCGGCCCGGUGCCGUUCGGGCGCCGCUCACCGCUUCGCAGCGAGCCCGGGCUCUGUAA